CGCGCAGGUGCUUUGUAAGUCGUUUCUCUCGAUUUCUACAUUGCGUGUUUGAUGUUAAACAAUUCAGUUCAGAAUUCAAGUCAAUGACAGUGGUGAAGAUGCUGCACGGCGCAAGCAACAGCUGACCUGAGGCAUCACCUUGAAGUCUGAGAAGAAAUUCAUUCUAGGGUUGAGAGGAAAAACGGAAUAAAAAUCUUGAUCAGUAAAGAACUUGAACAAACUCGGCUAUUAAUGGUGCACCAUGGUGAGCACCAUUAUCAACCCAGCAGUCGCUUGGUGAAAGCAUCAUCCUGAGAAAUAAAGAUGAGAGCGCCAACAUUCGGACUUCUGUGGAGCUGUCUCGGCUUUCUUCACGGCGUUCAGUGCGGUUUAGGAGACAACCAUGUGCAUUCGAGCUUUAUUUACAGGCGGUUGCGUAACCACGAGCGGCGAGAGAUCCAGAGAGAGAUCCUCUCCAUCCUGGGCUUGCCUCACCGUCCCAGGCCCUUCUCCCCGGGUAAACAGUCGUCGUCGGCACCGCUCUACAUGCUGGACCUGUACAACGCGAUGACGACCGAGGAAGAGGACGCGACACUGGGGAAGAUGCUCUCUGGGAAAGCGCGUAAAGGCGCCUCUGUGGUUCCACACGGAUACUCGAGCGCGCCGCAGCAGCCUUACCGCGCGACACCCUUGACCAGUCAGAGCCCGCCUUUGGCCACCGCGCAAGACACCAACUUUCUCAAUGACGCGGAUAUGGUGAUGAGCUUUGUCAAUCUGGUCGAGCGGGAUAAGGAUUUCUCCCAUCACAGACGACACUACAGGGAGUUUCGUUUCGACCUGACUCAGAUUCCAGAAGAUGAGGCAGUGACCGCUGCCGAGUUCAGGAUUUACAAGGAUCAAAGUCACGUCAGAUAUGAGAACAUCACACUCAAGGUCACCAUAUACCAAGUCAUCAAAGAAUAUCCAAACAGGGAUGCCGAAACAUUUCUCCUGGACUCCAAAAAGAUCCGCGCUACUGAUGGGGGGUGGCUGGUGUUUGACAUCACAGCCACCAGUAAUCACUGGGUCCUGAACCCGCAGCAGAACAUGGGCCUACAGCUCUGCGUGGAGACCACUGACGGUAGAAGCAUCAACAUGAAAUCUGCUGGCAUCAUCGGAAGGACCGGACCUCAGACCAAACAACCAUUCCUAGUUGCUUUUUUUAAAGCCAGUGAGGUUCUGCUCCGUUCUGUAAGAGCCACAGGAAGCAAGAGGAAGAGCCACAACAGAAACAAAAGCAAAACACAACCGAAAUCUUCGCCAGCUCUCAAAAGUGGAGAUCAGAACACCAGUGAACAGAGACAAGCCUGCAAGAAGCAUGAACUUUACGUGAGCUUCCGCGACUUAGGAUGGCAGGACUGGAUUAUUGCUCCAGAGGGCUAUGCAGCCUUUUAUUGUGAUGGAGAAUGUUCAUUUCCACUCAAUGCACACAUGAAUGCGACAAACCAUGCGAUUGUGCAGACCUUGGUCCAUCUAAUGUUUCCUGAUAAUGUGCCAAAGCCUUGCUGUGCACCGACCAAACUAAAUGCCAUAUCGGUGCUGUAUUUUGAUGACAGCUCAAAUGUAAUUCUAAAGAAGUACAGGAAUAUGGUGGUGAGGUCCUGUGGAUGUCAUUAAGGGCAUUGAGGAGCUUCUAUGUCAUAUUGCUGGAAUAACAUAUCAAAAUAAAUAGUUUUUGACAUUUGAUGUACAGUAUUAUGUAUAUAUUAGCUCAUGGUUCCUCUUAUUUAUUUGGCUUUGUUUUGUAAUAACGUUUUUUAAUAUGAGAGAUGUAGAUAAGUUACCACUCUUGGCCACAGAUCCAUAGCUGAUUGCUUUUUUCUGAGAAUAUGUUAAUGAGUUAGGCCAGUUAGAGAGAGUUUUACAGCACCAGGUAUAAUUUCCUUUCUUUAGAUUACGUCAAGUUCAUGAGCAACCACUCCAAAACAGAACUGCUGCUAUUUUACAAAAGAAAUGUAAAUGCCUUAAACU